UCUCAGAUAAUCAAUCUAGUUAUUCAAGAUUGUUAUAUGGAAGACAAAGAACUAGAAGAAGAAUAAGGAGGAGGAGCUUUUGGAGAGCAUGGAUUUCAAACGUCCAAGAAAGUUAAACUUAAAUGCACCGCUUUUAUCAACAAGGCGUCAUGGUUGUUCAGUUGUUGCUGAUACAUAUUGUUCAUCAAGUUCAUUAGGUGCAGUGCAAAACACAAGUGAAAGAGUUCCAUUUUCAUGGGAGAAAAUACCAGGCAAGCCAAAAGAUAUGGAGAAGAGUGAUAGCACCCAAGAUGCAGACACACCUUUUCCACCAAAAGAGGUAGCUAAUGAAACUGAUGUAGAUAAUAAUAAUGGUGAUGUUGCAUUUCAUGAUAUAGAUGAUGGUUAUUGUGAUGGUGAUGACAACAAGGAUGAUGAUGAUGUUUUCUCAGAUGCUAUGGAUGUUUUUUCUCUAUCAGAGGCAUUAGAUAUUGUUCAAAAAAAAUCAGAGAAUGCUCAUAAUAAUGACAACAAUGAUUGUUUAAGAUUAAAGCUUGCAGAGUCUCAUGGUUACCAAUCUCCUACUUAUAUGAUCAACCGUUUUCUCCCUGAUGCCACUGCAUUAGCUGCAUCUUCUUCUUCUUCUUUGAAUUUUCAUAGUAAUUUUGAGGAUAAAGUUUGUGAUACUUGUAGUUAUUAUCAUGAGUGUUCUGUCAAAGGGUCAACUAGUCAUUCAUAUUCUUCUUCUUCUCCAAAGGGUUGUGGCUUGGAAUUUCUCUUCCCUUGGCGUAUGAAACAUAAGCUUUGUGCAAUGAAGAACCCUGUCCUUCCUUGCUCUACUAAUCUGCAGAAGCAUCAACGCAGCUCAAAACAGAAGAAAAAUCGUUCAUCAACCUAUGUGCCUUGUACAAAUGUGAAAGAAGAUAUUUGAGGAGAAGAGCUAGUUCUUUAACUUGUUCAUUUUUCCUUCAUACAAAAUCUAUUUUAUUUUUUUUAUGAAUAUAUAUUAUAUUUUGUGUUACUUGCUUAAAACA